AUCAGAUGUUCAGCGAGAAAGGCCAAAAUGGCGGCACUGGUAGAGGGGAGCCAAUAUGGUCUGUCUUCACAGGGGAAUUACUCGAAAAAUAAAACGCUUAUAUUCGUUAAACUCACAGAUUCGGCGCUGAGAUCUAUUGAGGAAUAUUUAAAGUACAAGGGCGGGUGCACGCAGAAGCCGUCGAUACAGUUUGAAGGGAACCAAGGGGUGAUAACAGUUCCUCGUCCGUCACAAGGGGGCCAGCAGCAGCGCUUUGGCUUUGGGGUGUCGACGCUAGAAAAGGAUGCACCUCAGGGCAGCUUUGAGUGUGUCCAGCAAAUGGGCCAGAGGGCCCUCGAGUCCCUCGGCUGUCUGUUGCACAAGAUGCAAAUCCAUGCCAGUGAGGACAGCUACGAGAAGACACGCGUCAAAAUGGCUGUUGUGGAGCAGGAAAGCAAAAAGAAUUGCACCAAGGUGAUUAAAGUGACAUCACCGUAUGUAGGACGCAAAGUAAAGGUGAAGCGGCCACAGAUCUCUGUGCCACCUCGUCAACCCUCGUCCUCACCCCCACGAAUAACAUUUGGGAAGCCCACUGGCCAAAGCCACAACUCCGUGUCCACAAAUGAGAGCCGUUCAGGAAUUGUUCGGCGGUCGUACAGGGAGAGGGUCAUCCAUCUGCUCGCCCUACGGCCAUACAAGAAGCCGGAGCUUUUAGCACGUCUUAUGAAAGAGGGCAUUAAGGAGCAGGACCGCAAGGGGCUCUCAGCAGUGCUAAGCCAAGUUGCAGUGCUCAAGGACAACUCGUACUGCUUAGCAAGGCAUGCCUGGAAUCAAGUGUGUGAUGACUGGCCCUACUACACUCCAGAGGAGCAGGAGUUGGUCAAGAGAAUGCGGCCGCACAACUUGACUCCUCCGAGUGAAAAUGGUCAUCACUCGCCUCCAGCUCACAACCCUACGUCACGCACGUCACCCAGUGUGCAGAAACGGGAACCGUGUCCAGAGCCUCCAUCGUCUGUUCCUGGCAGCAAGCGCCAGAGGAUCAGCCUCUGUACCAAUGGUGCUACAACUCGGCCACCACACUCAAGGGUUCUUGCAGAGUCCACGUCAGGCAAUCAGCCAUGUCGCACACAGCUGCCCAAUCCUGAGCCCGUCGCGAACGUGCCCUUCACCUGCCAUUCCAGCCCUGGGUCCUCACCAGACUCAAGGGACUCGGGAGACUUGCACGCCACUGGUGUGUCAUCAGCUACCCCAUCUCCGCGAAAUUCCACAAACCAAGUUCCAGAAUAUGUCACGAAGUACACUGAGAUCACAAGUGAGGAGCAGAGAGGUCGAUACAAGGCUGACUUCAAUGCCGAAUAUGAGGAGUACAAGGCCCUCCAUUCCACAAUAGAGUCUGUAUCCAAGAGAUUCAGCGACCUGGAAGACUGCCUACGCAACGCCCGAGAAGGAACAGAACAGUGGAAUCGUGUGAAGCAGCAAAUCAUGAGGGAAUACGAGGAGAGCAAGCGUGAUCCACGGUAUCAGCAGGCUCGGCGAAAGUUUCAGUACCUGCACGACAAGCUUGCACACAUCAAACGCCUGGUGAUGGACUAUGACUCGCGCUCCCAGAACCUCGCCAAGUCCUAACACAACUGCUCGCCACGUCCUUAGAUGCCUCCAUGUUGUUCAGUUUGGAGUUGGAAGUCCUCCCAUUCCUGCUCCCCAAUCUCCCAGCUGUUGUUCCCCUCAUUCCCCUGUGAAGACAAAUCCAUUCUCACAGACACCAAGCCAUUCCCACAGCUGGCCUGCAUUUCAUCACUUGCUGAGUGGCGCAGCCCUUUGCCCUGCAUUUUAAUUUCCCAUUUUUUAUUUAUUGAAAAAAAAAAAACCUUGGCCAGUGCAAUCUGGUAAUGGGCCUCCACUUUGGCAUACUGGUGUUCAUGCUUGCAUUCGGGGGCUGUUUGCUUUUACAGAUAAGUUGGGUUCACUGUAAACUGACGACUUCUGGUUGCGUAAUCAUGGUGCUUGGUGCACUCGGUCCAAAGCCGUGGUCAGCUGGAUGUGAAGACAUCAUUAGAGGUACUUAGAUGCCAGUAAGCGUAGCACAUGAGUAGUGACUCCGAUGUGGCUCCCGUUACGGCCUAAAGAAAGUAAUUUGUUGAGAGUGCACGCCAUGAGUCGAAGUCGUCAGCUUAUAGCUUGGCUUAUAAAGUAUGAGCAAACAGCCCCUGGUCUCUGGGCUGGAGGCCCCAUUUCCUUCCUUUCUCCAGGGAGUGGGGACACCAUGCUCGGGGGCCAGAUAGAAUGUCAACUGCACUCAGCUGAAACAGCAGUGCUGGGCUAUUUUCCUUCCAUACAGCCUGCACAGCUGGCUGCUGGUCUGCUGUGGGGAUGGAAAGAUUGUUAGUGUCACCAUUUUUUUUCUUGCCGCCAUUUGUGCUUUCUCCGGGUGUGCGUGAGGGGUGCUUGGCCUCACAUUCCAGCUUGGACGGUCACUCCUCUCCCCAUCCCACCAUAUCUUCCCCAUGUGGUCUCAUCACCCUCCCCCACCCCCUCUUUUAUUUUGUUCACCCGUUCUUUUCCUGUGCGCCUCUUUUCAUUCUCAACUUGCAUGGGCACCGUAGGUGGCCUGCCCUCCCCAACCCUCUCUCUUUGUUUUUGUCAACAUUGGAGAUCUGCUCUCUGUCUCUCUCCCCUCUUUUUUCUCUGCCUCCUCCUCCUCCCGUCGAGACCUCAUCGGCUGACCUCUGAGAGAGCAAGAGGAAAGCGUGACGGCAGACACCACGAUAGGCUAUUUAUGUUGACGACCGGAUUACGGAUCACUCCACUUCGCAACGAAGACAAAUAUGCACCUGCAUUUUUGUUAGCUGCCCUCCCGUUUUUUUUUUAUUACCCCUUUGCCAACUGCUCCUCUUUUCCAUUUUUUCCUAUCUCUGGUGUGUUCCUGCUAUUAAGUGUGUGUAUGUAUGUACUUGCGUGACUCAAAUUGCGGUGGAUGGAUUUAAUCAGAUGGCAGCGCCGUUCUGUUGUUCUCAGUUGUUUUUCCCCUUCCUUUGGGAGCUCGCCCUCUGGCAUUUGUGUUGCGCCCACCCGAGAAAACGGGCCACAAGAGCGCACUUUUCGUCAGAAAUGUUGCAUUAAAGGAAAAAAAAAAAAAAGACAGGCCCACACAAAGGAGGAUAUUCCGAUGGGGCUCACGUCAGGCCAGAUGCAGCGCUUUGGCUCACAUACCAGCCUCUCUGUUGUGUCGUCUGCUAUUUUUUUAUGUACUAUAUUUAAAAAAAGUGUACUCAGAUAAACAAGAAAAAAAAAAGGUUUACAAAUGCAAAACUACAAAAAAAAAAUAUUUUUGGGGAGGGGUUCAAUUUGCAUCCUCUAAGCAGCCUGUUUGCCGUGCAUUAUAGUUUUUGUGUACAGCCAAGCAUUCUAAAGACACAAGAGAGUAUUAAAAGAAAAAAAAAAUUAAAGUUGCAUACAAGAUCCGUUAUGUGCAGCAUUGCAAAGCGGAUGAAGGCUUGCAGGGAGUUGCGUUUUUUGCUCAGGCGAGUAUUAAGCGUCUUAACAAUCGUCUUGCAGAAAAGUGAGACAUUCACGGUGCAUCUGUGCAUCACAUAUAAUCAGUAUAUGCAUCAUCGCGAAACAAACUGGUUACCAUGCAGCACUUUGCGCUGACAAACGUUCCUCUUUAUGUAAACGUCGGCGCGUACUUAAGAUGCCCAGCCCACAUAUGCCCGGGAACUGGUCUGUUGAUCCCUGUGGCUGCCCCCGGCGUCAGCGAGCUUGCAGCACAUUUUGCAGCUGUGUACGUGUAGGGUUGGGGCAAAUGCAUUUCGGACUGUGAUGGAUGCAUGCGUUUUAUGAGUUGCUGCCAAACGUUUUACACAGUUGAAGUGCCAUUGAACGAGUCUUUUGAGCAAGAGUGCUUACACAUACGUACACGAAACAUGUUACAUGCAAGUCGUGAUGUUUAAAUAACAGGCCCUUCUGCAUGCAAACUGGUUGGUGGGUUGCUGCAGCCCUGCUUUUUGAAUGUGCGUGGCAUUCAGAGAAAUAUAUCAAACUUCAGCAUUGACA